GCGUCAGCGAUAUACGUACCACAGUUCUCUGCAAAAUACUGCUACUAGGAUUACAAUAUGGAUCAAGAUUAUUCUCAAAUGAUUAGCCAGGCGCAACAGCGCCAAGGACCGCGAGGUCGAGGUGAUGGGAGCGUACCUGACAAUGGAGAGGUUAUACACAUAUCUUCAUUAGCUCUUCUUAAAAUGCUUAAACAUGGUCGAGCGGGUGUCCCGAUGGAGGUUAUGGGUCUUAUGCUUGGGGAAUUCAUAGACGAAUACACCGUACAAGUUAUCGAUGUCUUCGCCAUGCCGCAAUCUGGGACGACUGUAACCGUCGAAUCUGUGGAUCACGUAUUCCAAACCAAGAUGGUGGACAUGUUGAAGCAAACAGGACGUCCUGAGAUGGUAGUGGGGUGGUAUCAUUCACAUCCAGGUUUUGGCUGCUGGCUGUCCAGUGUGGAUAUAAAUACACAACAAUCUUUCGAGUCUCUACAAUCCCGCUCUGUCGCCGUGGUCAUUGACCCCAUUCAGUCUGUGAAAGGAAAGGUUGUAAUUGACGCUUUCCGCUUGAUCGAUCAGCAGACAGUCAUCAUCGGUAGGGAGCCACGGCAGACGACAUCGAACAUCGGACACAUUAACAAGCCGUCGAUCCAAGCCCUCAUUCACGGUUUGAACAGACACUAUUACUCGAUUGCAGUGAACUACCGCAAGACAGAACUUGAGCAAUCAAUGUUGAUGAACUUGCACAAGAGGAACUGGACAGAGGGCUUGAAACUGCGGGACUUCAAUGUCCAUAAGGAGAGCAACGAGAAGGCUAUCAAGUCGAUGCUCACAUUGUCUGAAUCUUAUAAUAAAUCUGUCCAAGAAGAGUCCACAUUGACAGCCCAGCAGUUGAAAACACGCCAUGUGGGCAAGCAAGACCCAAAGCGACACUUGGAGGAAGCGGUUGAGAAAGCCAUGGGUGAUCAAGUCAUUCAGAAUUUGGGUACCAUGCUCCUUGCUGAACUAUAAAGUUUGGUCCUGUCCUUUUACUGUAACUAGAUAAUCUGCAUUUCCUUUCUGUCUUUGUGUACCUGUGCAAAGGAUAGUGGGAAUCUGCGUUCAUAA